GCUAGCGAGCAUGUUCGUCCGACGGUUAGAGAUCUUUGAGGGAUGAAAAGUUCUGUGAAAGUGAAAUGAGCAGUUUCGUGCCUCAUGGGUUGCGGUAUUUUCUUGGUCUUCACGCACGAUAUCGUUACGCUUUUCAUAAGAGUUUGGCUGUAUGUUCUUUGCCCUAGCGCUUUCCUUGAGGCGCUGAUACCACUAUUUCUAGUCUCACUAGGCAAUGUGCCUGUUUCGUCUCAGUGCACUCUAGUGCACUAGUCACGACUACCUUUUAGUAUGU